ACGAUCGUGCAAGGAAAAAUGAUAGACGGACACCUGCACCGAUGAGCUUGCCGACACUCUUCAAUUCGUGUCAUAAUGGAAUACAGAACCAGACGUGGUGGUAUACAAGCAGCGUACGCUAAGGACUGAACUCGGGAUAUGAUAUAUGUAUUUUAAAGAAAAACUUUACAAACCGCGUUUGAAGAGACAUUCACGAUGGGUAUACACACAUUCAUAUCCCGCAAGAAGAUGCUUGCCUUUAUUUCACUCUUGACGGUUUCAUUGGCCUUAUUCAUCAUUAAAGGAUUUUCUGACAACAUUUCUUAUCUAAGAAAUCGUUAUGAGCCAUCAACGAUGCGUAAUGUUCCCAAGAAUAAAAAUACAAAAAUGCCUGGUUCUCUCUCUGUAGAAGAUAUUCAACAUAAAAGACGUUCACAUCUACGCGAGACUUGUGAGCGUUUAGGCGCCAAGAAAUAUUCAGAAAUCGUUGAUAGGCUGGACGCAGACACAUUGAAAAAAGCGGGUAACAUCUUUGUACUAGACAAGUACAAAACUAUUUUCUGUUACGUGCCUAAAACUGGUUGCACAACUUGGAAGCGUAUGCUCCUCCUGCUAAAUGGGAAUAUCAAUGCAACAGAAGAUAUAAGUCACGAGGCCGUUCAUUAUAUGGCCUUCGAACACAUACCAACAUUGCGUACAUUUAACCUGAAAGAUGCACAAGAGAGAUUAACAAAUUACAGUAAAUUUGUAUUUGUUCGCGAGCCGUUUUCUCGGAUCUUGUCAGCAUUUCGCGAUAAAUUUGAAGUGAAUAAUCCCAUCAAAAAUCAUUAUGCUCCCCGUAUGGUCAAAAAAUCUAAAAACUCGGGAAAAACAAAGGAUAAGAACAUCAACGUUACUUUUGGUAAUUUCGUUGAUUACGUCAGCGACCCCUGGAAUGUGCUCGGCGAUCCUGCCGAAGAACACUGGAGGGAAAUGUUUCGUCUGUGCUCACCGUGCCAAGUUCCAUACGAUUAUAUCGGCCAUUUUGAAACCUUCAAAGAAGAUUUUCGUGAUAGUAUGCAGCAAAUCACCAAAGGUGACAAUAUAAUGAUUCCCGAGCCCUCAAACCCAACUAACAGCAGUCGCUCAGCAAUUUUUGACAAGUACUACUCGCAACUUAGUUCUUUACAAUUAGAAUCACUGUACAAACGACUAGCAACAGAUAUUGAAUUGUUUAACUACCAAGUACCAGCCUCUAUAGAGAAUCGUAUGAACACUUCUUAUUCCAUCUGGGACAGCACUGAUGAAAAAAAAGAGCAUCAUGAGUAGGCUACUAUAGCCUGUUCUUCUAGGGGCUGUGAAUUGAGGAUUACAAUCAUUGUCAAUUAAGAAAACAACAGUCACUGCUAAUCGAUCAUUUUGUUGAAAAAGGCCUUUAAAGGGCAUACUUUCAGUAAUGACACGUUCAAAUAUGAAUGUUUAUCAAUGUUUUUAUAGCUGCCCAUUUAUAGGGUUGCACUAUUUCUAUUCCGUCAGUACAUAAUUACAAAGAACGUCCCCAGAAAAGGUUUUCAAACUUUUAAUAAUAAAUGUGGAUGGAGAGUAAUAUAUGUUAUCGAAAAUGUUUAAAGGGGAAGUCUACCCUGAUAGUGAGUUUGUUUGAAUAGAAGCAGAAAAUGAGAGGAACAGCUCAGCGAAAGUUUGAGCAAAUACCGAUUAAAACAAUAAAGUGAUGAAUUUUUGAAGUUGCGAUCAAGCAAACGUAAAUUGGCAAGACUGUGACGUAUCAUGCGAGCUCCUCUCAAAUUUGCUGGGUAGGCCUAUAUUAAAUUUCAUGAACUUUUAAUUACUUCGUUAAUGACGCACUAUAUUUUUCCAUACAGGGGUUGUAUAGAGACAUAAUUUGCAAUAUUAAUUUGAAUGGUGAAUGUAUGAGUGAAGUUUCCUAAACUUAAAGAGAAAUAUAACUUUUUUAGUACGAGCCAAAAAAGUAGGGGAUCGACCUCGCAAGAUAUGUUGCAGAGUUGCCAAUUUGUAUUUGAAUGAUCGCUCUUAAAAAACAAACUUUUAACUUUCUUAUUUUUUAAUAUAGGUUUUAGCUAAACUUUCACUUACCGUUUCUCUCAUUUUGCCCUUUUAUUAAAACCAACUUAAUAAUGACCAGGGUUGACUUCACCUUUAAAUGAGUAUCUUCGUGAUGCAUAGCUGAAAAAUCAUUUCCUUUUUUUAGAAAACUUUAUUUUUAUUCUUCUCUUCAGCUUAUGUAUUUCAAGAAAAACAGAGAUGAAGGUUUCAUUUUUUUGUGUCGAUCAAAAAAAUCGAAUCCAUUCUCAUUAAUUUUAUUGCUUUAUAGAAUAGCAAGUUCGCUAGAAAGUUAUGGCACGAUUUUAGAAGCUCCUUUCUGUAACUUCAUAGGUAGGAAUCUAAAGCUGGCCUAUCAAGAAGGAGCGUGGUUAAUGGUUUUGUUUCGGGAGGUAUCAUGAAGCUGUAGUAUUUUCCUCAUUUCAUCCUUUUUCAUUUCUUAAUGUCAUUUGUUAUUUUGCAAACCCAAUUUGGGAGGACAUUGCCCUCUGACAUUAUGCCAGGCACUGCCCCUAUAUAUUUAUCAACAAGUGUCAGCAUAAUGGCUUCAAUGUCCCUGUACCUGGUAAUCACCAGUGACUCAUUCUCCCUUCCCAGAAUUUAGUAUAGAACUCUCUUUGUUUUAUCCUGCCUCCCAAGAAGGAUGAAAACAACAUCUUCUCUCUAACUUUCUUCACUACGACACUUCUCAAAGUUCUUCAUCGAAGUAACACGUCGAUUUGAGAAUGUCGCCUCUAUCACAAUUUGCUUCAUGCAUACACAAGGAGCAAAUCCUUCUACAAUUCUAACCUCCUGCAUUUCAAUUGGAGAAUUCUCUUCCAUGCCUAUCACCUCUUGUAUGGCACAUCAACUCUUUAUCCUGCCGUCUUCAAAGGACUGGCAGUCUUGCAGUGGAACGUCUAAAUCAGGAACCGACAUGGCUCCUGAUUCUCCGCUGGGAGCUGCUAGCUUCUUCGUUCCGGUAGCUUCUUCUUCACACACGAGCUCGAUUCACUGUAGCUCGCCUGAACUUUCAUCAAUGAGUCCAUCUCACUGCAACUCUGAUGAUUUCACUUCAAAGUCCGGCUCAUCGAUCCAGCAUCGAGCGACUCACUGCUCUUCACGAUCACCACUAUACCGGCUUUGAUGUCAACAUUUCAACCUGGGCCUCCGACAUCGAGCGACUCACUGCCUCGUCGUCGAGCGCCACAUUUCUUCUCUUCUCUUCUCUUCUCUUCUCGCCCGAGCGCUACAUUCAUCAUCAUCAUGAGCGUCGGCAUCGACAUCGCGUUCUUCUCGGCUCUUCAGCCACGUCAACGAAGUCGCGUUUCCAUCAUCAAGCCUCCGCACAAUCAUCGCGUGAGCCCCUUUCUUCGUUUCACCCGUCAUCAUCUUCAUGGACUUUCGACGUCAUUUAUACCAUUGUCGUAUAAGCUCUAUUUAUUCAUCGCAUUUGAUUUAUUCAUGUCCAUCUCAUACAUGACCAUUUAAACUCCGUGCAAUAUCCACGAUCCUAUUGUGAUUCACAUUCAGAAUCAUUUAUUCGCCUGACUGACUUCACUUGCAAGUGUUAGUCUAUCAUAUUUAUUCUUCAAUAAAAUAACGAAAAGGGAA